CUUUUAUUUUAAAAUGUUUUGAUUCCAGCUUUUGUAGUCGCCUGAGAGAUCUUCUAUUGUUCAAGGCGUGACCAAAAAUUAAUGUCUGUACAGUAAACCCUUGAAGCGUUACCUUGUUGGGAGCCGAUUUUGAUCCACCAUCAGGUCUUGCUUAGCACAAUAAUGCAUUAACCAUUGGGACUAAAGACCCGUGUAAAAUUUCAUGAGUUUGCUGUUAACAUUGAGGAAUUUUCUCGUCGGGAGCUAUCCUUGGUCCAAAUCGAACGAUUGUACCAAAUUCAGCUAAAUUGCCUGAAGAUUAUGUGCUUUAAAAGAUCCACAACGGUAGACAGGAUGCGGUCAUCAAGAGUUACGAAACAAAAACCCAACUACCAGUAAAUUACAACGUCAACAAUGGUUCUUACACUGAAAACCACAACCUAUACCAAAUGAUCAAAUGCCACGAAGACAGCCUUCUAAGACUGCACCAUCUCACAGCUGGAAGACAAAUGAACAACUACGAGCCUACGUACCAAAACGAUUUGACCUGGUAUCCAAAAGACAUACAGCGCCAGUACAUCAAACCCAGUUAUUUAUCAUACGAAGACAUGAGACGGAAAUAUGAUGAAGCUAAAGGUGCAAAAGAGAAAGAAGUUCAGAAAGAAUCUGAAGAAGAGAAAGAUGGCAAAGGUGAUGAGAGGAAGAAACCUAGAAGGAAUAGGACUACGUUCACGAGUCAGCAGCUGGCCGCUUUGGAGAAGGUGUUUGAGAAGACACACUAUCCUGACGCUUUCGUGCGGGAAGAUUUGGCUUCGAGGGUCAAUUUGACUGAAGCAAGAGUACAGGUGUGGUUUCAAAACAGAAGAGCAAAGUUCCGACGAAACGAGAGGUCAGCAAUCUCCAGCCAUAGAAGUUCCACAAGCCAAAGUUCUCCGGAACCGAUCCCAGUUCCUAUUGGGAUGCCUCACCAAGUGGAACCUCGUCAGGAAUUCGCAAGAAACAACAAGGAACCUUGGUUACAUCAUUUUCAAACAAACAACUUAAAUCUUAAUUUAGGAAUUCCAAUAGCAAAUUCUGGAUUGUACCAAAAUGAUUACUCUCUGAUGAUGCAGAAUGUAGGUAAUAGGCAAUAUGUGCCUAAUUCCAAUGCGCUUAUGGGCCAAAGUAUGGUGGGGUACGGUGGAACCGGUGAAAACGGCUACGGUUCGUGUGCUUUGAUUGGUGGUUACAGUGGUCCAUUACAACCUGCCCACCACAGCACUUACAACUUGAAUUUAAGAUUAAGACCGCAUGAUUUUAGUAUAAACAAUAUAACUUUAUGAUUUUGUGUAGCCUUGUUUGAAUUAAAUU